GCAAGCUUUGUGGCUUGUUCUAUUAGAUGGUGAGAUAGAAUUGCUUGGUCCCGCUGCUACCUGGGGAAGUGGUUUUUUCUCUUAGUAUAUAUAGUGCUUCUUUCAUAUAACCAGAAUCAGAUUGAAAUUGAUUGGCUUUAGAUAUCAUUAGAAAAAAGAAUAAAAAUGGGGCAAGUUUUCUGCUGUGUUCAAGUGGACCAGUCAAAUGUAGCUAUCAGAGAAACUUUUGGGAAGUUUGACGAUGUGCUUGAGCCUGGUUGUCACUGUAUGCCUUGGAUUUUCGGCACGCAGAUAGCUGGCCAUCUCACUUUGCGUUUGCAGCAGCUGGAUGUUCGAUGUGAAACAAAGACGAAGGAUAAUGUCUUUGUUACUGUUGUUGCAUCUAUUCAAUACCGGGCUAUAGCAGACAAGGCUUCAGAUGCUUUCUACAAACUCAGCAACACCAGAGGACAAAUCCAAUCCUAUGUUUUUGAUGUUAUUAGGGCAAGUGUUCCAAAGUUGGAGCUGGAUUCUGUUUUUGAACAGAAGAAUGAAAUAGCUAAAGCUGUGGAACAGGAACUAGAAAAGGCCAUGUCAGCAUAUGGGUAUGAGAUAGUUCAGACUCUUAUUGUGGAUAUUGAACCAGAUGAGCAUGUGAAGAGGGCAAUGAAUGAGAUAAAUGCUGCUGCUAGAAUGAGGGUGGCUGCAAAUGAGAAAGCGGAAGCAGAGAAGAUAUUGCAGAUCAAGCGUGCCGAGGGAGAUGCUGAAUCGAAAUAUCUGGCUGGGCUUGGCAUAGCUCGGCAGCGUCAGGCCAUUGUAGAUGGGCUGAGGGACAGUGUGCUUGCUUUCUCUGUGAAUGUACCUGGAACCACAUCAAAGGAUGUGAUGGACAUGGUUCUAGUGACUCAAUACUUCGACACAAUGAAAGAAAUUGGCGCAUCCUCAAAGUCAAACUCUGUUUUCAUCCCACAUGGACCAGGUGCUGUGAGAGACGUUGCUGCACAGAUUAGAGACGGCCUCCUCCAAGGAAAUGCAACUCGGGAUUAAUGUUUUAAGCCUGGCAUACAUGUUGGAGGGUUGGCUUCUCUGACUUUAUAUGAAGGGAUUGGUGCUAUGAUCCUAGUCUGCUUGUCUUAUUCUUCCUAUUUGUCUCUUUCUUCCUUUUGAAUUAAUUACGUGAUAAGUAUGCUAGUGUUUUACAACUAAAAAAUAUGGUGUAUAUUUGUUGGUGAGAUUGGCCAUAGUAUUCUGUAUAGUAUUAAAUUGCAUAGAAUUGGGUAAUUUUGUGGUAUCCUCUGGAACGAUUUGUUAUUUUGUAACUGUUGUCUGGAUUGCUCUGAGAACAAGCGAAAGCUGUGCUCAUUGAGGUUAUUUUUAUAUUUUGAGAAGUAAA